AUAUAUUUCCUUUUGUCCCUCAUCAGUCGUUCCCCUUGAAUCACUGUUCUUCCAUGUUUACUUCUCAAAUACCCAAAUCAAUUCUGCGAUCUCUAACCAAAUUUCCCGCUCUUUCUCAAUCAAAUUCAACAUGGAUAUGUCAUUACUCCACAAAAUCACCUCAAAUUUUAACAGAAUCAAAAAACUAUCUCUUAACUCUCUUCAGUUCUAUGACGCUUCAAAGAGGAAGUCGAAACUCAAAAAAAUCAAGUAUUGAUCAUGAAUUGGAGUUAGUUUCAGCUCUAAAGUCUUGUUCAUCCCUUAAAGCAGUAUUUCAAGGACAACAAAUUCAUUCUCUUAUCUUAAAAAUUGGUCUUGAUUCCAAUAUUUUUAUCCAAAACAGUUUGAUUAGUAUGUAUGUUAAAUGUGAUCAAAUGGGUAUUGCUAAAAAGUUAUUUAAUUCAUGUUCUCAUAUGGAUUUUGUAUCUAGGAAUAUUAUGCUUAUGGGUUAUGUCAAAUCUGGUUUUUUGGAUGAUGCCCUCCAACUGUUUGAUGUAAUGCCUGAGAAAAGUUGUGUUGCUUACACUACUAUGAUAAUGGGUUUUGCCAAGAGUGAUAGAUGGAGCUUUGCUAUUGAACUUUUUAAAAGAAUGCUUCUUGCAGGAGUUUUUCCAAAUACGGUAACUAUGGCUACUGUUAUCUCAUGCUAUACUCACGUUUGUAGAGUUUUAGAUGUUAAAGCUAUACAGGCAUUGGCUAUUAAGCUUGGUCUUAAUGAUUGUAUUCAUGUUUCAACUAAUUUGUUGCAUAUGUAUUGUGUUUAUUCUAAUUUAGAGGAUGGUAAGAGAUUAUUUUUUGAAAUGCCUGAAAAGAACAUCGUUUCUUGGAAUGUAAUGUUGAAUGGGUAUUCAAAAGCUAAACUUGUUGAUUUGGCUAGGGAACUUUUUGAUAAGAUUCCUGAAAAGGAUAUGAUUUCAUGGGGCACAAUUGUUGAUGCGUAUGUACGAGCAGACAGGUUAGUCGAUGCUUUGACAUUGUAUCGUCAAAUGUUAAGUGUGGGAUUGAGGCCCAAUGAUAUGAUGAUUGUAGAUUUAGUUUCAGGAUGUGGGCGAGUAAUGGCAAUUGAUGAGGGUCUGCAAUUACAUGCUACAAUAGUAAAAACUGGUUUUGACUGCUAUGAUUUUGUUCAAUCAACAAUAAUUCAUCUUUACUCAACAUGUGGUAAAAUCGAUCUUGCUGGGUUGCAAUUUGAGGCUUCCUGUAAGUUUCAUCUUGCAUCCUGGAAUGCGCUUAUAUCUGGGUUUGUUAGAAAUGGUUUGAUUCUUAAGGCUCGAGAACUUUUUGAUAAGAUGCCUGAAAGAGAUGUUUUCUCUUGGAGCUCCAUGAUUUCUGGUUAUUCUCAAUGCGGGCAGGCUAGUGUUGCUUUAGAAUUGUUCCGAAGAAUGGUGGAUUCUGGUGUUCAGCCCAAUGAAAUCACUAUGGUCAGUAUUUUUUCUGCCAUUGCAUCAUUAGGUGCAUUGAAAGAAGCCAAGCGGACCCAUGAAUACAUCAGGAAUAAUUCAAUCCCUCUCAAUGACAAUUUAAUUGCGGCACUUGUUGAUGCUUACGCCAAAUGUGGGAGCAUCAGCAAUGCUUUAGAUGUUUUCAAUCAAGUAAGAGCCAAAGUCACUUCUGUUUCACCAUGGAAUGCAAUAAUUUGUGGAUUGGCGAUGCAUGGGCAUGCUACUUUGUCACUGAGAAUGUUUGAAAACUUGGAAAAAACAAGUAUUAAACCCAACACCAUUACUUUUAUAGGAGUUCUAACUGCUUGUUGCCAUGCUGGACUGGUGGAAGCAGGGGAAAUGUAUUUUGAGAGCAUGAAAAAUUUGUAUAAAAUAGAUCCGAACAUUAAACAUUAUGGUUGUAUGGUGGACCUCCUUGGAAGAGCUGGGCGUUUGCGAGAAGCUGAGGCCAUUGUAGAUAGCAUGCCAAUGGAGGCUGAUGUGGUGAUAUGGGGUACAUUGUUAGCAGCUUGUAGAACACAUGGUAAUGUGGAUAUUGGAGAGACAGCAGCCAUGAGAUUAAAGAGCUUAGAUACGAAACAUGGGGCAAGCAGAGUUUUGCUCUGUAACCUUUAUGCAGAUGCAGGAAGAUGGAAUGAUGCCCUUGGGGUCAGGAAAGCUAUGCAAGGUCAACAGAUGGUGAGGUUACCUGGUGCUAGUUACACAUGAUACUCCAAAAAGUAGUUUUGCUGUACUCACUCUUGAGUGUUAACAAUUUCUAAUGAGUAUUUCAAUUUUCCAAAUCCGGUGCUUUCAUCUCGACCUUCCCCUCUCUCUCCCUCCCACUCGUUCUUGCCUGAAAUUUUCGUCUUACUAUUUGGUUCGAUCUCUCUUACAUUAUUGUUUCCAAAAUCCUAAAGACUACUUGGAUUUGUGAUUUAUUGCUAGAGGUGUUAUGUGUAUUCAGGUCAAUUUUGGGUUUGGGUUUGGAAAAUGUUGGGUCGGGUCUUGUGUUCACAAUUGCAAUUGCAUCACUAUGAAACCAAAUUUCAAGUCGGGUCGGAUUUAUUUCGCACAUGUAUUGCGCUUUUGCUGAGCCAGACUAGAAGAUGUAGAAAUUCGUCUAGGGACCCUCGGAACAUUACAAGGCUACAAAAUGUGAUCCAAUGGCCCAUCAUAACCGUCCAGUGGCGAAUCAGGAUAUUGGUUCAGGUUUCAUACUUGACAUAAACUAAAGUAACUGAAUUUGGGUAAACUUUGUUGAAAAAUGUGGUAUGACCGUAUAAGAGAUAUUGAACUGAAGUCCCUGUUAUGGGGAUCUUGAGCCGUGGAGCAGCACCUGUCUUGGCUCCAUUGGUGAGGAAAUUUCUACUAGUUUCAGGGAGGUGAACUUGGUAGAAAAGCCUAUUCGCAUUAAAGUUUGAGUUUUUGCUGACCUCAGAUUGUAGGAUGCUAAAGAUUCAGUGGAGAAGAUACCCUCCAUUUUUGAGAACGUUGUGCCGAUAGAUGAAGCUGAGCAGAUCAUCAAAGAUGAAUGUGGCAGGAGCAAAAUUCAUGGUGGGAUGUAACAGAAAUUGUAGAUGCUAAUGGCUAUAAAGUUUUCCUGUAAAAGCUCUGGGUGUCAAUGAAGAGAUCUAGCACUAGAUCAUCCUGAUAACAUGAAGAAUUCUGGAAGUUUCACCAUUUUAUAAUCUUCAGCCAGAAUUUAACCUGAGAUGAGCAUUUGCAUUUCUCAUUUAAUUAUACUGUGCACCAAAAGCGCUUGUGGCUCAAUGGAUAGAACAUCUACAUGUCGAGCAAAAGAAUUGGGAUUCGACUCCUACUGGGCGCAAGUAUCAACGGGGGUUUCUUGACUGCGCGCAUCCUCUGUACUCCCUCCUUGAGGGGAAUAGGCUUUUAACCUGAAAGGCUCCAACGAGCAUGUCUAUGUAAAAUUCAUUGCAAGGCGUGUGGUGCAACAAGGCCGGCAGAAUCUGCAAAUGGUCCUGCACCUUCACUUUCUUUCAUCUAGUGUAAACUAUCUUAAAACAUCCCUUUUGAUAUAUCAAACAUAGCAUCAAUCUGAAGUUCAGCACCAGCAGCAGGAAGGCUCCCGUCGACUCAAAACAGAAAAUUCUUCUCUUUGAAAGAGUUGCUCAGCAAAAAGGUCUGAAAAUUUUUACUUGUCGAGGUAGCUCCCUAUGCUUGGUUCUUGUAGAUUAUUGUCCAUAGCCGACCUGAUUCACUACACCAAGAAGGCCCAGAGUUGAGCUGCUGCUGCCGUAAAGUGCAAAGCAAUAAGGUGUACUGUGUUGAUGCAGUGGAUACUGGAUAGACCAGCACACCCGCCAAUGUUUUCCCACCACAGCCAACUUUUGAUUAACAUUGGUCAAAUGAUUCUCAUCAUGUACACCCUAUUUUUUUGGCACAUUCGUCUAACAAACAAUGAAUUAUGUCCAGAUCUCUCUUUUAUAAAACACUUCGGUAUUUCUAACAAUGUUCCUCUGCUUUUUUCGCUUUUCAAUUUUUUCGAAGGAUCGGUGAAACCCAUCAACUGGUGAUCAUUUAAUGUUGAGUUCGAAAUUUAUUUUCAGUUAUUUCGACUUUUGUGCUUACUGGCGCAAAAUUUGUGUAUAAACACACCGGCAAGGCAGCAAGUAAUCAGUAAAAAAGCAUUUUAUGUAACAGCAAGGAAAUUUCACAUUUUAUAAGAGAAACAACAGUAAUUAGUGAAUCAAUCUUUUAAU